AUGGCAUGGAGGCAGCCUUUUUCGCCCUGGGCAGCCCUGAGCCAGGCCACAGACUCCGCAGCACGCGCUGGAAGGCUUGAGUCGCUUCUGUGGCAGACCUGGUACUUUCACGAAGACGAGGCCGCACGGCAGCUCCUCAGGGACGGCUCGGACCUCCUUGCAGAGGGCGACCUUGAUGAAGCCAAGAAGCGUUUCUUGCAUGCUGCUAUCCUGGAGCCUGGAUGGGCAGAAGCCUGGAAUCGUCUUGCAACGGUGAAUUAUUUGCUGGGGUUCUACGAUGAGUCUCUUGCUGAGAUUGACAAGACGCUGGAGAUCGUGCCCCGUCAUUUUGGCGCCUUAUCAGGCCGAGGCCUUGUCAUGCUGAAGCUUGAGAGAUAUCGCGAAGCCGUGGAGGCCUUCGAGGACACGCAGGCCCGCCGCCUUAUCUGCCUUUCUCUCUUCAGCACACUAGGAGCGUAUUCAAUCUUUGCUGCAGGAGGAGAAAUCGCUUCGGCCCGGAGUGUGACGGGUCUGGAGCCGGAAGGCGUCUCACCUUCGCAAGGCCGCGGGAGAGGCGAUCCCUGUUGGAGCUUGGACAUUGGGCCUUGCGUUUGGGUUUCCGGUAUGCCUUCUUUUCCAACUGGCAUGACCGACAAAUCCAUCAUGCCAUCCUGUACAUAG